AGUGUGGAGCAAGCGGCCGGUCUGCAGUCGGAGACUUGCAGGCAGCAAACACGGUGCGAGCGAACAGGAGGGGGAAAAAAAAUAAAAAAGCUGAACGUGGGAGCAGCCGGCCGGAGAUCGAGAAGGGGAAUCGAUGCGAGGAGCGCAAUAAAAAAGAACCCAUUUCGGAGCAAACAGCAUUUAAAAAGCUAGGACUCAACUGAAAUCUAAAAUAAAACCUGCUCAUGCACCAUGGUUUUUCAAACUCGGCACCCUUCGUGGAUUAUUUUAUGCUACAUCUGGCUGCUCCGCUUUGCACACACCGGGGAGGCGCAAGCUGCAAAGGAAGUACUGCUGCUGGAUUCGAAAGCACAACAAACAGAGUUGGAAUGGAUUUCCUCUCCGCCCAAUGGGUGGGAAGAAAUUAGUGGUUUGGAUGAGAACUACACCCCGAUACGAACAUACCAGGUGUGCCAGGUCAUGGAGCCCAACCAAAACAACUGGCUGCGGACUAACUGGAUUUCGAAAGGCAAUGCACAAAGGAUUUUUGUAGAAUUGAAAUUCACCCUGAGGGAUUGUAACAGUCUUCCUGGAGUACUGGGAACUUGCAAGGAAACCUUUAAUUUGUACUAUUAUGAAACAGACUACGACACUGGCAGGAAUAUAAGAGAAAACCUCUAUGUAAAAAUAGACACCAUUGCUGCAGAUGAAAGUUUUACCCAAGGUGACCUUGGGGAAAGAAAGAUGAAGCUUAACACUGAGGUGAGAGAGAUUGGACCUUUGUCCAAAAAGGGAUUCUAUCUUGCCUUUCAGGAUGUAGGGGCUUGCAUAGCUUUGGUUUCUGUCAAAGUGUACUACAAGAAGUGCUGGUCCAUUAUUGAGAACUUAGCUAUCUUUCCAGAUACAGUGACUGGUUCAGAAUUUUCCUCUUUAGUCGAGGUUCGAGGGACAUGUGUCAGCAGUGCAGAGGAAGAGGCCGAAAACUCCCCCAGGAUGCACUGCAGUGCAGAAGGAGAAUGGUUAGUGCCCAUUGGAAAAUGUAUCUGCAAAGCAGGCUACCAGCAGAAAGGGGACACUUGUGAACCCUGUGGCCGUGGGUUCUACAAAUCUUCAUCUCAAGAUCUUCAGUGCUCUCGUUGUCCUACUCACAGUUUUUCUGAUAAAGAAGGCUCCUCAAGAUGUGACUGUGAGGAUGGGUAUUACAGGGCUCCAUCUGACCCCCCGUAUGUUGCGUGCACAAGGCCUCCAUCUGCACCACAGAACCUCAUUUUCAACAUCAACCAAACCACAGUAAGUUUGGAAUGGAGUCCUCCCGCGGACAAUGGGGGAAGGAACGAUGUGACCUACAGAAUAUUGUGUAAGCGGUGCAGUUGGGAGCAGGGCGAGUGUGUUCCCUGUGGGAGUAACAUCGGAUACAUGCCUCAGCAGACUGGAUUGGAGGAUAACUAUGUCACUGUCAUGGACCUGCUGGCCCACGCUAAUUACACUUUUGAAGUUGAAGCUGUAAAUGGAGUUUCUGACUUAAGCCGAUCCCAGAGGCUCUUUGCGGCUGUCAGUAUCACCACUGGUCAAGCAGCUCCCUCGCAAGUGAGCGGAGUAAUGAAGGAGAGAGUGUUGCAGCGGAGUGUCGAGCUUUCCUGGCAGGAACCGGAGCAUCCCAAUGGAGUCAUCACCGAAUAUGAAAUCAAGUAUUACGAGAAAGAUCAAAGGGAACGGACCUACUCGACACUAAAGACCAAGUCUACUUCAGCCUCCAUUAAUAACCUGAAACCAGGAACAGUGUAUGUUUUCCAGAUUCGAGCUUUUACUGCUGCUGGUUAUGGAAAUUACAGUCCCAGACUUGAUGUUGCUACACUAGAGGAAGCUACAGGUAAAAUGUUUGAAGCUACAGCUGUCUCCAGUGAACAGAAUCCUGUUAUUAUAAUUGCUGUGGUUGCAGUGGCUGGGACCAUCAUUUUGGUGUUCAUGGUCUUUGGCUUCAUCAUCGGAAGAAGGCACUGUGGUUAUAGCAAAGCUGACCAAGAAGGAGAUGAAGAGCUUUACUUUCAUUUUAAAUUUCCAGGCACCAAAACCUACAUUGACCCUGAAACCUAUGAGGACCCAAAUAGAGCUGUCCAUCAAUUCGCCAAGGAGCUAGAUGCCUCCUGUAUUAAAAUUGAGCGUGUGAUUGGUGCAGGAGAAUUUGGAGAAGUCUGCAGUGGUCGUUUGAAACUUCCAGGAAAAAGAGACGUCGCAGUAGCCAUAAAAACCCUGAAAGUCGGUUACACAGAAAAACAAAGGAGAGACUUUCUAUGUGAAGCAAGCAUCAUGGGACAGUUUGACCACCCAAAUGUCGUGCAUUUGGAGGGGGUUGUUACGAGAGGGAAACCUGUCAUGAUUGUGAUAGAAUUCAUGGAAAAUGGAGCCCUAGAUGCCUUUCUCAGGAAACACGAUGGGCAAUUUACAGUCAUUCAGUUAGUAGGAAUGCUGAGAGGAAUUGCUGCUGGAAUGAGAUAUUUGGCCGAUAUGGGAUAUGUUCACAGGGACCUCGCAGCUCGCAAUAUUCUUGUCAACAGCAAUCUUGUUUGUAAAGUGUCAGAUUUUGGCUUGUCCCGGGUCAUAGAGGAUGAUCCAGAAGCUGUCUACACAACGACUGGUGGAAAAAUCCCAGUGAGGUGGACAGCACCUGAAGCCAUCCAGUACCGGAAAUUCACAUCAGCCAGUGAUGUCUGGAGCUAUGGAAUAGUCAUGUGGGAAGUCAUGUCUUAUGGAGAAAGACCUUAUUGGGACAUGUCAAAUCAAGAUGUUAUAAAAGCAAUAGAAGAAGGUUAUCGCUUACCAGCACCCAUGGACUGCCCAGCUGGUCUUCACCAGCUAAUGCUGGAUUGCUGGCAAAAGGAACGCGCUGAAAGGCCAAAGUUUGAACAGAUAGUUGGAAUUCUAGACAAAAUGAUUCGAAACCCAAAUAGUCUGAAAACACCCCUGGGAACUUGUAGUAGGCCAAUAAGCCCUCUUUUGGAUCAAAACACUCCUGACUUCACUACCUUUUGUUCAGUUGGAGAAUGGCUACAAGCUAUUAAGAUGGAAAGAUAUAAAGAUAACUUCACAGCAGCUGGCUACAACUCCCUUGAAUCAGUGGCCAGGAUGACUAUUGAGGAUGUGAUGAGUUUGGGGAUCACAUUGGUUGGCCAUCAAAAGAAAAUCAUGAGCAGCAUUCAGACUAUGAGAGCACAAAUGCUCCACUUACACGGAACUGGCAUCCAAGUGUGAUACGCGUUUCUCCCCUAUGAGGGAGAUUAUGGAUUAUGAGAGAACAGUACUGGCCUUCAGUAUAUGCGUAGAAUGCUGCUAGAAGACAGUUGAUGUCCUGGGUCCUUCCUACAGUGAAGAGAAGAUUUAAGAAGCACCUAUAGACUUGAACUCCUAAGUGCCACCAGAAUAUAUAAAAAGGGAAUUUAGGAUCCACCACUGGUGGCCAGGAAAACAGCAGUGACAAUAAACAAAGUACUACCUGAAAAACAUCCAAACACCUUGAGCUCUCUAACCUCCUUUUUAUCGUAUAGACUUUUUAAAAUGUACAUAAAGAAUUUAAGAAAGAAUAUAUUUGUCAAAUAAAAUCAUGAUCUUAUUGUUAAAAGCAAUGAAAUAUUUUCCUUAAAUAUGUGAUUUCAGACUAUUCCUUUUUAAAAUCAUUUGUGUUUAUUCUUCAUAAGGACUUUGUUUUAGAAAGUUGUUUAUAGCUUUGGACCUUUUUAGUGUUAAUCUAUGACACAUAACUACACUGGGUACCUUUGAAAGUAUCUCAAAAAAAAAAAACAUAGCAUGAUUGAAGAUAUAUCUCUGUCAACAUUGGUAUCCUUUUUGUGCCAUUUUAUUUUGUUAAUCAGUGCUGUUUUCAUAUUGUUUGCUAAUUGGCAGGUAGUCAAGAAAAUGCAAGUUGCCAAGAGCUCUGAUAUUUUUUAAAAAGAAAUUUUUUUGUAAAGAUCAGACAACACAUUAUCUUUUCAAUGAAAAAAGCAAUAAUGAUCCAUAAAUACUAUAAGGCACUUUUAACAGAUUGUUUAUAGAGUGAUUUUACUAGACAGAAUUUAAUUAAAAAAAAACUCAAAUUGUAGGUUUAUGACUAUAAAAAAAAUUUUAAAAUGAGGCACUUCAUCUAAAGAAUGCUGGUGAAGGCAAGUCUCUGAAAGCAAGAACUAGCCAGUGUUAUCUAAAAUUUAAUCUGAGCACAUCAAGAUUUUUUCAGUAUCGUGACAUUAGAAAAUUAAGGAGAAAUAGUUGACAUAUAUUUUAUAUCCUGUUCUGUUUAAUGCAGUCCAAACACGAAAGGAAAGAAUUAAGUUUUAUAUUAGAACUCUGAAGCGUGAUAAAAGGGGCAGUUCACAAUUUUCACCUUUCAAAAACAAAUUUGCUGCACAGAACAUCACCCUUGCAGUUAAAAAAAAAAGUCUUUUAUUUGUGAACGCUGAUGUGAGAAACUUGGUAAAUGAAAGAAUUCUUUUUACCAUGUAAGGCAGAGGUGAAGGAUCUGGCUUUUUCUUUUUUGAGCUUUAUUUAUUAAACCAUGUUAUUUGAUUACUGUGUUAGGAUUUCAUAAGCAAUAAUUAAAUGUGUCUUUAUAGAUAUUUCAGGAAUGUAUACAUAUUGUGAGUACUGCUUUCAAAAGUUAUGAAAAUCAUGAACUACCCCAGAAUUGAACUGUUGUACUUCCAAAGAGAAUUGGGCUGUUUAUAAUGAUUUUAAUAGAGAAAGAUCCCAGGGAUCGGUCAUAAUUGGUCUUGUUUGAUAAUGUGGGCAUCCACAAACAAACAAAUAACAGAAACAAAAUCUGUAAAUGUUCCUUUGUAAAACUUGUAAAUUUUAUUUAUACUGUCUUGUUUUGUACACACAUUUCUCUGUAGUGGGCUCUGAAUACAUUGAAAAUGCACUAUAUUUUUCUAUUUUACUUGCAGAGCAUCACAAAAGAACAGGUAUUUUCAGUGCUACAUAAUGUGUUUUCCCACAUUUAGGACCAAAGAUGGCUAUAGAAAAACUCAAAUGGAUUGCGUCCCAAACCCCUCCCCA